AUGACGUUGUCAUCAGUGCGGCCUCGACUUCGGCGAGCGAUAUUCAAACGACUUUUACCUGACCUUUCCAUACUCUUCCUUUCCGUUUUUCUGUUGGGCGCACCUGCUUUGGGCGCAGGAAAUGUGAACAGAGAGAUUGCAUACGUCUAUGGCACCGACAGCCAUGGCGUGACGCGACAGCUGGCUGCCGACCGAACACCGGCACUGUACACAUCGGACUUUGGCGAUUGUCUGGGGGGCAAGAGCCUCUUCAACAUCAGCGCAUUUGACGCAGCUUACUACGCCGACAACAUGACUGUCGUGUUCCACCUUGAUGGAACGAGCAAUGUCCACAACGAGUCAACCAUGUUGGUGAUAACAAUGGAUGCAUAUGGCGAGACACGAUACACUCAGACAUUUGAUCCAUGCCAGUCAGGCAUGGGAGGCUUGCCAUUAACGAUCUAUGGCGCGUUCGCGCUCGUCCCGAUGCAGACGGCCUCGAUUCCGGACAUUGCCCUGCAGAUCCCCGACUUUGACGGCUCGGUUAACCUCCAGAUCUUUGCCAACUCGACACAGACUGAGAUUGGCUGCUUUCAGGCGGCUAUGACGAACGGCAACUCCAUCGGCAUACCACAAAUCCUGGCACCAACGAUUGCCUUUUUCGUCGCCAUUGCCAUGAUUUGCUCUUUUGUAACGGCAGCGUACGGCAUUUCCGUACCCUUGAUGCGUGCUCACUAUGCGCAUUCCCUGUCGGUCGUUCUUUUCUUCGAAACAAUGCAAACAUUCUUUCUGACGGGCGCACUCUCGCUGCACUGGCCCAGUGUGCUAGUGGCAUGGUGGAGCAACUUCGCCUGGUCGGCCGGCAUCAUACGCAUUCGACCGUUGGUCGCACAAAUUGUUCGCUUCACGGCUUCCGCAGGAAACGCCAGCCAGUUCACUGGGGACAGCCCAAUGUUUGUCAAGGGUGGAAGUGCGCAGCUGGCAGACAAGAUCUACAAUUCGGACAGCUCAAACAACGGACCGGUUCUGGGGGAGGUGGUUUCUCUCGUUAAGCGCAAGGUCUACAACAGCAGCGACCCGUACGACUACACUUGGGGCGGCGACCCUGUUCUUCCGGGCGUGCCACUGCCUGGAACGUGGCAAAGUCUCUCCGGGACUCUCAGUAACCUCAACAUCCCAGGCGCAUCCGCGUUUACCCUCUGUUUGUUUUGGACGGCAAUUGCUGCGGUGGCCUUUCCACUCGGCCUGAUUGGCAUGAAGGGCCUGUUUGACUUGCUUUCCAGGCUUGGAUGGUUACGGGAAGACUGCAUGGCCUACUUUCGCACACACUCGCUGCAAUAUGCUCGACAGGGGGUGUUUCGAGUGCUGUUGAUUGCAUUGUCCCCGUUGCUGACACUGGCCGUCUUCCAAUUCACACAACACAGCUCGCCUGGUUCCACGGCAUUGGCAGCGAUCGUGCUGGCCAUCCUUGUGGCCGGCGCAGCAUACAUGUGUACAGAUGCCAUAAGGAGGAGAAACAAGCACCGGCCCCCGCAAGGCUCUUUCUCGGCGACGCAGUCGUUGUCUCCAAAAAGCCCAUCAUUCACAAAACGGAGGGCGAACCGCGGAAAGCGGCGCAUCUCGUACCUGGAGGACGACGGCGACUUCGAGGCAAGGCAGCGCCCUGGUGUCCACCAAGACGAAAAGUACAUCAAGCGGUAUGGCUGGCUUUCGGCACGUUACAAGGCAAGCUGCUACUGGUUCUUUGCUGUGCACCUGGGAACGCAGUUUGCUCGGGCCUGUGUUCUGGGAGGCGGUGCGGACAAUGUGAGCGUCGCUGAUGCCACCAACAACACGCUCACGGGAAUCGCGGCACCGACGGCCCAGCUGGUGGUUCUGCUUCUCUUUGAGAUUGCCGUGCUGGCUACCUAUGCGUAUUGGCGGCCGAUCGAGAGCAGCCGUAAUUUGGCGCUGGGCGUCUGGGUCUUGGGCAUGGGACGCAUUCUCGUGGCGGCCCUCUGCAUCGGGCUGCUACCGCAGGUCGGGAUCAGCCGCAUCGGCGCGACAGUCAUUGGCUUCGCUAUUGUUGUCGUCCAGGUGCUGAUGCUGUCUAUGGUGCUGGUGCUGGUGGCCAUCAGUGCGGUGUCGACGUGGCUGUCGUUGACGCGCAACCAAGACAACUUUUACUCGGAAAUGUUCUUUUCCGUCCGCAAACGGUACCUCGAGACGCUGCUCGCCAGCGCCACCGGCGCACCGGCGCCCCUGACACGGAGGCAAGAACGGAAGCAGGCCAAGGCACGCCAGCGCGCCGGCCGCGAGGCCGAACGGUUGGCUGCGUCGUUGCCGCCACCGGCGCCGUCCUUUAGCGUGUACGACGUGCGGCGCGCACCCAAGAUUGAAGACGUGCACUAUGCCGAGUCCGACGAAAGCGAAGUCGAAGAGUUUGGGGUGCACGAUGUGGUGUUCCGUCGGACCAUGGCCAUGGGGCUCUCUGGGCCGAGCGGGAGCGGGAGCGGGAGAAGCAGCAGAGGCGGCAGCAGCGACACGACGGGGCCGGCGACGGAGAACGACAAGGCCACGGACGAGGAUACGCUGGGUGCCUUGGGCGAGCUUGGGACGCAAAGCAUGGCGGCACGGAAACGGAGGGAGACAGGAAGCGCAGCCAGUCUCGUGGGCGCACAAAUCUACGACCCGGCGCGCAUUCUUGCCCGGCUCAACCGCAGCCGGACGAGCAGUGCGGCAUCAUUGCGGUCGGUGCCAUCGGCCCACGACAGCAUACGCCGCGUAUCGGAUAUGGCGGUAGUGUCGGGCCCCCUGCCGGGUCCACCUCAGAUUGGCGUCCUUGCCGGAAGACGGUCAGCAAGUCCGUUUGGCGGUGGCCGGGCGAGUCCUUAUGACAUGCGGUCGUCGUCCGCUACACCUGUUUCCCGUGGUGACGUGUCCAUGACGCCCACCAGUUUAGCCGGGCCCAUUUCUCGGCGCAUGACGCCGACAAAGGAGACACUGCAGCGAUACUCGACGGAGAGGCAGUCACUGCAGUCGCUGCGGUCGACGCCGGUGCCCUAUCCGGUACCCGAAUAA